UAAAGGCAAUUAUAGAUCUCUUAUUUCUUCCAUACCUGGUGGGAUUUAAUUUUUUGGUGCUUAUAGAACUUUUUACAGAAAUUUCUGGAUUUUAUACAUUCAUCACAAAUCCCUUAAGAUAAUUCACAUUUAAACCUUUUUGGUGUAAACAAUGAUUUUCUAAAGUUAAAAAAAAAGUGUAGUCAGACUCAUCUUUGAUUAUGUCCUUAUUUGUUUUUCUCAUUUUUCAAAUUUGUUCCUUUUAAAUAUACAUGACAGUAGAGUAUAUUUUGACAUAUCACACAUGGGGCAUAAGUUCCCAUUCUUGUGGUUAUACAUGAUGUGAAUUUACACUGGUCGUGUAUUCAUAUGUGAAUAUCGGAAAGUUAUGUCCAAUUCAUUCUACUGUCUUUUCUAUUUCCAUCCCCACUCCUGUCACUUCAUCCCCCUUCGUCUAACCCAGUGAACUUCUAUUCUUCCCUUCCUUGCCUCAUUGUGUGUUAGCACCUGCAUAUGAGUAUGCCCUUAUUUCUUAUUUAUAUGUUUGUGUCUAAGAACUAAAUGAAUUUUUUGCCUUACAAAUUGUAUUAAAUUUGUGUUUAUCUAUAUAUACUUAUUUAACUCCUAAUGAACACAGGUUCCAAUCAUGCUUCCCACUUCCCUUCAACCUCUUUCUGUUAGACUUCAUCUUUCAUUAUUUCCUUUAGUAACUGGGUCUCUGGUGUUCUGUUCCUCCUCCCUCUGAACCCCAAUCUAAAAUUUGUGCUGUCAAGAUAGUUGUUUUUAUUCACUUGCUCCAGGGACUGGUAAUAUUGACUUUAUAGUGGCAGAGCUUCUGAAGGCUUGCCAGGCUUCUAACUUGCUUGGAGCACAGCAAUUCUAAGAAACUUUGCAGUAAUGGGAAUGUUCUGUUUAUGUGCAAUCCAUACGGUAGCCACUGGCCACAUGUGGCUACUGAUUACUUGAGAUGUGCCUAGUAUAACUAAAUUUAUAGAGUGAUUUAAUGAAUUUGUUUUUACAUUUUAUUAUAAUAAAUUUCAAAUAUACAAAAUAGUUAGAAUGUUGUAAACACUGACAUGUCAUUCUAGAUUAUAAUAAAUCUUAUAGAUUUUAUAAUCUGGUGUUUUAUAAAUUUUAUAAUUGUGGUAUCAAGUGGCUGGGUCUGUGUGUGUGUUUGUGUGUGGGGUAUGUGUUUAAUUUUGAUGAAGUAGUAAGUAAACACAUGUUUAGUGGCUACACUUUUGGCAGUGGCGCACCAGUUGAUUUCAUUGCUCAAAAUUGCAUGGCUUGAAUGAAUUGGACAUAACUUUCCUAUGUUGUAACUCUACAUCAUGUACAAUCACAAGAAUGGGAAGUGAUACUCCAUGUCUAAUAUGUCAAAAUAUAUUCUACAAAUAAAGUAAAAUGCAUGGCUCUUCAGAUUUGUUGUGGAAAGCCAGUUUAUCUACAUUGUGCAAGAUAAGACUCAUCAUCUUCAGUUUUACUGUAUGGAAAUAAAUAUUCCUGUUCAAAUUGUAGGCCUUAAUGAAUGUACAGUGUAGAACAUGUUAUAACUCUCUUUCACUUACAUGUCCACACAAGGAGAAAGGAACAAAUGCUCUGAACUUCUAGGGUACUCACAGUUAUUGGUUAUUUCUCAAAUUGGCAGUCUGAGGCUUUUGUUGAAUAAGCCAAUCCACUCAAGAUUGAGCAUGGUUAGGGAGAAAUAUUCCUUAGAUUAAAAAGUUAACAUAUGAACUCUGAACCAUUCUCUAACUUCUCUCUAGUAUUUAUUUACUUAUUUUGCUCUAUCCCCACUCUCCAUGAAGAUUUCUCAUACUCAGAUCAAAAUCAGAAAAUAGGUGACUAGGAUUAAUAGCUUGUAUUUUUAUCUAUGGUUUUCUUAUACCUUGUGUGUUUGAACUGGCUUUUACUUGAUUGUAAGUUGCUGAUAAGACAAUGCUCAUUUAAAAGUUAAAUUUUGUAUAUCACUAGUUUUAUUUGAAAUUAGAUUUACAUUCUGCACUUAGGUCAGCCAACACAUGUUCCCCCUUACCUCCUCCCUUAAUACAGAUACUUCUCAAAAUUAUCAAACUUUUUCCCAAUUGAUGGUUUGGCAUUCAAGGUCUUAGAGUAGCCAGCACCUGGUAGUCUUAUUGCCUUCAGAUUAUUUGCCUUUGUAAUUUACUCUUAAGGCAGGUGAUAUUCAUUUUUGUUGCUGUGGAAACCUUUUUCAUUACCACAAAUCUUUGCAUAUGUACAUACUCAAUACCACAGAAUCUCAAAUUUGAACAUAAGAUAAGGAUGUGUCUUUUGGAUGUGGUGUAACUGUGAUUCUAAUUUCUCAUGUAUAGUCUUGAGUAGAGCUCUUUAACUUUGCUCAACCAAAGCAGCAUAUACAAAACAAGAGAAUAUGGGAAUAUUUAUGAUCUGCCACACUUUAUUAUGCUCGUAUUUAUUUAUUGCCUUUCCACGUUCUAUGCCUCUGCUUCUAACAGAGUGCAAGACAGGCAUUUUAUGAAUAAUGUUAGGGUUUAAAUCUGGAAUGUCCCUUCAAAGUCUCAUGUCACAAUCUGCAUAGUCCCCAAUGCAGCAAUGUUCAGAGGUAUGGUUUUAGGAAAAUGAUUGGAUCAUGAGGGCUCUGACCUCAUCAGUGGAUUAAUCCAUGGACUACUGGUAGGUAAGACCUUUAUGGAGGAAGGAAGUCACUGGGGGCAUGCCCUGGAAAGGUUUGUCAUCUCUGUAGCUGGCCUCUUCCUCUUGAUUUCUCUGCUUCCUGGCUGUCACAGCUGAGCAACUUUUCUUUGCCAUGCCCUUCCAUCAUGAUGUUCUGCCUCACGUAGGGCUCAGAGCAAUGGAGUUGACUGUGGACUCAGAUCUCUGAAAUGGACUGAAAAGGCCUACCUAUUCCUCAUUUUUGGUUCAGUUGCCUCCAGCUGCAUCACUGCAUGGCACAAAUACAGAAGUCAUCACAUGGCAAGGUUUUUAAUGUGAAACAUACUUCUCUUCUAAUUCUAAAGAUGAGCAAUCAGGAGGUGACUUAUUCAACCCUGAGAUUUCUUCAGUCUCCUUCAGAAUCACCGAGUAGAUCAAGGAGUGAUUCUACUCAGAGUCCUAGAAAAGCUGUUGACAAAGAGUUUUCUGUGCCCUGGAACUUUAUUGCAGUGACUCUUGGAAUUUUCUGUUUACUUUUGUUGACGACAGUCAUAGUGUUGGUGAUCAAGAUUUUUCAGUGUGUUCAAGAAAAACAUCACCAGCAGGAAAUUCUAAAAAACUUCAGCAAAGUGUACGACAUUAUGAAAAAUGACUACUACUUAAAGGAACAAGUUUGGAUAAAUAAGUCUUUAGAAUAUGAUAGUCUCAAAAAUAAAACCCUUCAUUUGGAAUCAAAUCAUGAGAACAAAUGUCAUAAGAAAAUUGAGAUCUAUUCAGAAUUUUUGCAAAAUAAAGGUUUGAUCUGUGAAGGCCACUGGUCCUGUUAUGGAGUAAAAUGUUAUCAUUUUACCAAGAAACAAGAAAAAUGGGAGGGAUGUAAGAAAACUUGCCAAGACAAUGGAUUAUCCCUUUUGAAGAUAAAUGAUGAAGAUGAACAGGCCUUCCUUAAACAACAGGCUUGUAAAAAUAAUUACUGGAUUGGAUUAUCAUAUGAUGAAUGUGAAAGGAAAUGGAAAUGGGUUGACAGUGACACAUCUUCUGGAAUUCAUCUUCCCAUAAUGAUGUCUCCUGCAAGAGGACAUUGUGUUUUUUUAUCUGCAACAAGAGAAGUCGCUAUUGAAUGCAAUAAUAGCUACAAUUGUAUUUGUGAAAAAAGACUGUAAAGUAUUUCAUCUGCUUUAAUGUGUGAUGAGAAUAAAAGUUAAACAUGGAA